GAAAUUGUGAAACGAUUGAGGGCAGACGACGGCGAUAAGCUCUACGCCGCUAACGUACGCCCAAGGCAGGGGGGAACAGCAGACAGGAUCAAUAGUUCAAAGGAGAGGGGAAAAGCCGUACCAACGCCGUCUUUGGCGUACCCGUCUCUGAGCCUCUGAAGCCGCCUCGCAAAUCGUAACUUGGAGAUGGGCACUGGGCUAGGCCCCCUAGACCCUCCCUUUCUUACGUCCGCUCCCACCGGCCUCUCCCUCUCAUUUUUCGGUCAUUCUCUGCGGCUUUCGUGUUUGUGUGUGCAUGUUCGCUGUCAGACUCGUCCCGCAAUGUUGACUCUGCGAUUCAUCGUCGCCGUUGGAGCGUCGUGCCUCUUGAGGCUCGCUGGCGCGCAGUCGUUGGCCGAUGCUCCACAGUGUUCUACGAAAUGUCUUUUUCAGGCAAUGAGCCAACCUGCAUUUGCCAACCAGUCACAGGCGGAAUUAUGUGUCAAUGAAGGCUUCAACAACUUUGUCGGGGGUUGCGUGCAACAAGGAUGUAGCGUGGUCGAGUCCCUGACCUUUGUCAAUAUCACAAGAACUGCAUGCGGGUUUCCUCUGUCAGACUAUCGCAAUGAAUCGAGAGCGACCAGCCUUGGCAUGUUCAUACUUGCGUCCGCCUUCUUCGCAUGCCGAAUUACAGUCAAAGUUAUGAGGUAUUCUCCCUGGGGAGCUGAUGAUAGUCUGAUGGUAGUUGCGUUUGCCGCCUUGAUCCCGUUCGUAGUUUUGAUUCAGUACAUGAUCCCGCAAGGCCUGGGACUUGAUAUCUGGGUUCUCCACGACUAUCAGAUCACCACCUUUCUCAGGUACCUGUUAAUGGUUCAAACACUCUACAUCUUUAUCCUCUCCGUCGUAAAAGCAUCUAUUCUUCUGUUCUUCCUCCGCAUCUUUCCGGACAAGAAAUUCAGGAUCGCAAUCUGGUGGACGUUGGCCUACGACCUCUUCGUCGGAUUUAUAUUCAUCGUCUUCAGCUUCGUCCAGAGACAGCCGACAUGGCUUAUCUGGGAGGGCUGGCGUGACAAGGAACCUCGUGGUGUCAUUCUCGACCUCAACAAGAUGGGCUUGUCACAUGGCGGCAUGAACAUUGCGCUCGAUGUCUGGAUGCUCAUUCUGCCAUUGACACAGCUCUACAAGUUGAAUCUCAAGAUGAAGAAGAAGCUCGAUAUCAUUGCCAUGUUCAGUGUCGGUAUCUUCCUCACAGUAGUUAGUAUCGUCCGCCUUCGCAGCCUCAUAUCAUUCGCGACAUCAGCAAAUGCGACAGCUGAUGCGCGUGGAACAACGAUCUGGUCUGCCAUUGAGGUCUGCACCGGCGUAGUGGUUGCCUGCAUGCCCAAUGCACGACAGAUUGUGCGAGAGGCUGGUCGGCAAAUCAAGGAUGCGUCGGCAAAUCUGACGAACAGGACGCAUAGCACGAAUAUGGGAUCGCAGCGAGUCUUCCAAGACCAGUCGCUCGAAAUGCGGGUGGCAGUGAACUCUUCGGGCGCCAAAUCAGCGCCAACAGAUAAGUGCAGUUACAGCUCUACCACUGCUAUCAAUUCUGGGAGGAGGAAUUCGAGCUUUACAAGCGAUACGGAGGCAGCAAGAAAAGACUUGAUGUAGUGCCAUUGGCAGCUGGAAAGGGAUUGUCGAGGAAGUUGUAAUAUUGAUAUAAUAAUAUCCCCUGGGGCCGCAAGAAAAGUUCCUAUAAAGCACUGAUAUCAUCAAAAGCCGCGAGACGAGCGACCAUCACUGAAGCAAAGGCCAUAA